AACAGGACUUUAUUACUAGUGUUUUAAUGUCACGUCGCGUAAGACGCUUAACAAAAUGGAGCUAUCAAACAAACUCCGUUGGGACCAAUUCCUGAUUUUGGCAGCAGCACUUAUGUCACCUGCAAUAACGGUGCUGUGUAAUGAUAUACUCAGCCUGAGGGUGGCAGGAGAUCCAGUGCUAACCCCUAACUCAGUGUGCCUGAGGCUGGCAGGCCUCAGCAAACGUCAGAUGCGGAUGUGUGUGCGAAGCCCCGAUGUGACGGCCUCCGCUCUGCAGGGCAUCCAGGUGGCCAUCCACGAAUGCCAGCACCAGCUCCGGGAUCAGCGCUGGAACUGCUCGUCACUGGAGGGCCUUGGCAAGCUUCCCCACCACAACACCAUCCUCAACAGGGGUUUCCGCGAGAGUGCCUUCUCUCUGGCCUUGUUGGCAGCGGGUGUGGCUCACUCUGUGGCCUCGGCUUGCAGCAUGGGCAAGCUGCGGGGCUGUGGCUGUGAGGCCAAGCGUCGCCAGGACGAUGACAAGAUCCGGCUGAAACUCACACAGUUGCAGCUGCAGACCCUGCAGAAGGGUGGAGUAGGCCUCGGCAUGACACGAUCAUUACCCUCCGAGCUAAACGGUCAUCAUGGCGACCUGCCCGCUAACCUGCACUCCACCCACCCCUCCACCCUUCUCAAGCCAUUACCAGAUGACCUGAGCUCCAAGCAGGACACGUGGGAGUGGGGGGGCUGCAGUCAUGACGUCCGUUUUGGGGACCGUUUUUCCAGGGACUGGCUCGACUCACGCGGGUCUCCAAGAGACAUCCACGCUCGCAUGAGGAUACAUAACAACCGAGUGGGACGACAGAUAGUGACUGACAACAUGAAGAGGAAGUGCAAAUGUCAUGGCACAUCAGGGAGCUGUCAGUUUAAGACCUGCUGGCAUGUGUCUCCAGAGUUCCGGCUUGUGGGUUCUCUACUCAAGGAAAAGUUCCUGUCAGCCAUCUUUGUCAACUCCCAGAACAAGAACAAUGGGGUUUUCAACCCUCGGACAGGAAACGGCGCCAGCAUGAGCGCAGGGGGAUUUAACAGAGGCCCCCGUCGAACUAUGUCCAGGGAGCUGGUGUUCUUUGAGAAGUCUCCUGAUUUCUGUGAGCGUGAUGCGUCCGCAGACUCUCCAGGUACACAAGGACGUAUCUGCAACAAAACCAGCUACAGCACAGACAGCUGCGGCUCGCUGUGCUGUGGCCGCGGGCACAACAUCCUAAAACAGACACGCAGCGAGCGCUGCAAUUGCAGAUUCCACUGGUGUUGCUACGUGCUGUGUGAGGAGUGUCGUCUCACAGAGUGGGUCAAUGUGUGCAAGUAAAUCCCAGUUCUUCCAGUCCCAGCUGCCUUUACCCAUCCAGGACUCAAGAUGGCGAGCCUGUCCCUUGGCCCACUCCUUUUGUUUGAGCGUUUGUUUUGCUCCUUGUGUAACUCUCCCAGCAAAUCUGUUUAUCCCCCCUGCUCCUUCUUUUUGGUCCAUCAUCUGGGAUCUAUUUUCUCUUUGUAGCCGCUGUUAUUCUCAAAAUGCCAAGUCAGAGAUUGAAGAGGUGACUCAUGUCAUUUGUCUUACCACGGUCUGUUUAGACGCUGCCCUCUCAGCCAUGAAAACUGCUUAUAACCUAUUCUAUUCUAUCCCACAAAACAAAGACGAGCCGAGAACCAUUUCUAUAUCUACAUGCGGACUCAUCUCAUUGUACAGUAGCUGUGUAUUUUAAUGUGUACAUGUAUAUUUGUAAAUGUAUUAUUAUUAAUAUUAUUAUUGUGUUGGAGACUUUUUUGUUCUGACAGACUAGUGCUGGCCGAGUGGCUCCGGAUGGUGAACCAGUGCUGUUAGACAACAAAGUCUCAUUACAAUGUAUUACAUUUAACUGGGCUCCUCUAAUGAUCUCCAAGGUACUUACUCCAUUUGUAUAUUUUGCACCUGAGCCUCAGACAGAGCAACAAUACUUAUUUGGGGGUCCAUCAUAAAAACCUUUCUAGACAAGGGUUUUACUAAUAGAAGAAUACAAGAUAAAGGACAGUGUUUUUUGUGUUUUCUUUAAGGACUGAUCUGGACAGAGAGCUCAUAAGCAUAUCAAAGCGGGUAUAAUUGUGCAACUCAAGAUGGGAACGUUUUGAAGACAAAUUUUGUCCUUUCAGCUGAAAUACUUAUCAUUCUGAUUUAUUUACACCAUUGUAACAAUAGUAAGUACUUCGUGAGAGUGGGCACUAUUGGUCAUGUUUUUCGUGAAUAUAACUGUGAUGUGUCACUUUUCCUAUGAAACCAUGACUGAGCUCUUGUUAUUCUGUGCUUGCCUUUGUCCAUUUCAUCAGUCCGAGCACUCCUUAGAUUCUUCCCACAUGUAGUACAUGUCAAAGUGAGAGAUGGACUUGCUUUAGUCUUGAACGGAUGCUGAAAGGUCUGUGUAUGUGUGCGUGCCUGUUGCUGUGUGAAUGGGGGUGGGGGGGGGACGACGACGACAAGUUCUACACACUACAGAUUUGGGAGGUGAGAGCCUUUUUUAUGGCCACUUCAUGCUGAGAGAAGGACUUUUUAUGGCUGCAGGAUAUUGUUUCUUUAAAGUAUGACUUUUAUUAUUGGAGAGAAGCAUCAAGAGAGCAGAGAGUGGGGGUGAUUAUACCAGUCUUUGCUGUGUGAGCGUCAGAGGGGAUCAUCUGUCCAGAGGAAGGGACUUGCUAAACCAUGUGGGACAUCGUGUCCCUGUUACCUGGGAGACAUACUUCACAAAUAUAAACACAUGCACCUAAACACAUGCAUGCAUUUAUGUAAAAAGACACUUACUUGUCGGAAU